AUGGCGGACGGUGUGAUUGCGCACGAGGACGUCCUGCAGCACAUAUACGCGUUCCUGCGGGCGUACGGCUAUAAGAACGCGCUGCUCGCGCUGCAGAACGAGUCACGGGUGCCGCACAACACAAUCGACGUUGUGCAGCCGCAGGAGGCGGACGCGCAGCACGGCGUCACGAUGUCGAGCCCCGCCAGUCUGCAGCAGGCGGUGCUCGAAGGCCAGUGGGACACCGUGCUCACCACCUACGUGGACGGCCUGCUGCUGCCAGAGGAGGUGAUGUUUGACCUGUACGAGAACAUCUUCGAAGAACUCUUGACGCUGCGCGGCUUCGUGCACGCGGCGCGGGCGUUCUUCACCAACUCGCCAGUUUUCGCGGCAAUGAAGCGGGCGUCGGCGGCGCGCUACGCACGUCUGCAGCAGCAGCUGGAAUCGCAAAAGAACGCCGUGGCCGACGGCGCCGUGGGCAGCGAUAGUGGACCCGUCCCUCCGCACGUCCGCCAGAAACGCGAGGCUCUGCUGAGAGUCCUCCAGGAAGCCAUUACGUGGAACACAGAGCCGUACAACGGCGUGCUGCCGGCGGCGUUGUGGAGGCUGUUAAACACGGACGGAGGUAGCAAUGCUGAGCUGCCCUCGUUAAAGCGUCGACGCAUGGAUACGAGUGAUUCCGCUGUUGUUGCUGCUGCUCCUUCUGCAACAUUUUUGCAUUAUCCGCUUCAAUGCCCGAAACAUAUCCGGGAAAAGGUUGUAUUUGCCAAUGCGGAAAUGCCUACUUCCUGUGCUGUCGCCACUCUCUCGGCUGGAGAGGACAAGCAACACAACUACACCGCCAUCAUCGUUGGUAAAACAGAUGGAGCAGUGGACUUCCUUGAUGGGAAAUCAGCCGCGCCUGUCGGGAACUCCGUGGGUCACACAGACGGUGUGCUGAGUGUUGCUGUUGACGCUGUUGAGGAUGGCGCCGUGUGGGUGGCGGUGGGGUACCGCGACGGUUGGGUGAAGAUCUACAACACCGCGACGCGCAAAUUGGUGCGUCGCUUUGUGCAGGUGCACGCUAGUGGCGUGACGUCGCUUGUUUUCGCUGGUGCGCGGAGUCCGGCGCUUGCAGAGCACCACGUGUGGGUUGUUUCGGGAUCCUUUGACGGUACAAUCCAGGUUCUCGACAUUCGCGAGGGGAAGUCGGUGCAGCGGAUUGUGGACGCGCACCAGCUGAAGUACGUGCUCUCCCUCUGCGUGCUACGGGGCGUGGCGGACGGGGAGGAGGUGCAGGGCAUUGUAUCGGCAGGCAACAAUGGGACGCUGUGCUUCUGGCGGGUGGUGGAGGCGGGGCUGCAGCAGGAAGGGCCCGCGCGCACGCUGCGCUGCAUUCAUGCGUCGCUGCAACAGGCUGUGCCGGCGCGGGUGCUGGCGCUCGAAGGCACGGGGCCGGCAGGCGAGUUCCUCGUGCUCACGCGCG